CUCAAUAAAAAGCCAUCCUGCACAGAAGCAAAAUGAAGCAGGAACUUUCUUUCAACGCGGUAACUGCUGUAACCAGGAUGGGCUCAGUAAAAUCAGCGGGACUGUCUCUUCUUCUGUUGUCUUUUCUUAUUCACAUAGCAGAUUCUUACCCCAACCUUGACUCAUCAAACACGGGUUGUGAGGAGUGCUCACUGAGGAAGAGCAGCUUUUACUCUAGGGAUCGUCCUAUCUUCCAGUGCAUGGGCUGCUGCUUCUCCAGAGCAUACCCAACACCUCUCAAGACCAUGAGGACAAUGUCGGUCCCAAAGAACAUCACCUCGGAGGCAACAUGCUGUGUCGCAAAGCACAGCUACCAGGUACACCUACAGACAGAAAUGGCCAACAUACCGCUAAGGAACCACACAGAGUGCCACUGCAGCACCUGCUAUUUUCAUAAGAUAUGAAGACGGGAAAUGGAGACCAUUCUGCAGAGCUCAGCUUGGCAAUUUAAAUUUCCACAAGCUCACUGCUGUUUUAAAUGUGUGUUCAAAUGUUGCCAGAUAAUAUUUUUGUAGCAAUUGUGUCUGUGUAAUUAGCCUAUAUUUGCAUUGAUAGACGUUUAUGAUUCAUUGUAGUUUGAAAAAGCAAUUAAAAUGUGCAACCCA